CAUUGCGGCGCAGGCGCAGUGCUGUGGCAGCGGUAGGCUGAGGUGGACUUCUUUCAUACAGUGUGGAGGUUACACAGCGGCUCGUCCACGUCUAUUUAGAAGCGAACCACGACGUAUCAGACGCCAGAAUGAUCCGGAUAGCUGCCUUCCUGGCCUUGCUGGUGGUUGCCUGCUCGGGGGAGAGCUGCAAGGACCCGGUGAUCACCCCGUCGGCCUACACCACGUCUGACGCCGUCAUCUCCUCAGAGUCCGUCUUCAUCGUGGAGCUCAGCCUGAGCUGCGCCAACGGAGCGCAGAGCGUCACUCUGUAUGCUGACGUCAACGGAAGACAGUUCCCUGUGACCAGAGGCCAGGAUGUUGGGAAAUACCAGGUGUCCUGGAGUCUUCCCCACAAACAGGCCAGCUCUGGAACAUAUCAGGUCAAAUUCUUUGACGAGGAGUCCUACAGCGCCCUGCGAAAAGCUCAGAGAAACAAUGAAGACGUUAACGCAAUUCAGCCUCUCUUCACCGUCAACAUCGACCACAGGGGCGCGUGGAGCGGCCCUUGGGUGUCGACCGAGGUGUUGGCCGGCCUGAUUGGCAUCGUCGUCUAUUACUUUGCCUUCAGUACCAAGAGCACCAUCCAAGCAUAACGUGAUCCACAGUCACCGCCUGUGACCACAGGAUAAUUGAAAAGACUGAAUUCCUGCGGAGCUGGAUUAAUUAAGCCAUCAACCAGCGGCACAGCCCGAACCAACAGGUUUCUGUCACCUUGUCAACCUUCAGGGAAAGAAGCAGAGGUUGCAGUCUUUAUAUAUUUUUUUUUAUUAAGACUGUCCUUGUGUGUUUACACAUUCAUUUUUUUUUCAGAAGUUAUCCCGUCAGUCUCGAGGGUUUUUUUUUUAUGUUGUUUUUUUUUUAAGGAUCAAAUCUAAUUAAACCGAACCAACAUUAAGUAUACUUUGUAUACAUACAAGUCUAAAACCCAUUGAUUCAUCCACACCAGAACUGUCUUCUGAGUGGGAAGACUGGUCAGAGUGGGAAUGAGCCCCAGUCAAGCUGGGCCUCCAACGAAACAUGAAUGAGAGCGCUGACUGGUCUGCACAGGCCUUUGUAGACACGUCUCUUCCUAGAAUAUGAAUAAAUGGCUUGUUGUUAA